GGCAGCCAUUGCGCCGGUGGCCACAUGGCGGUGGCCACCCUGGAUCUGGCUGCAUGGGCGGUCAUGCCUCAGUGGUCCUCAGGCACACCUAUGGCCUCAUUAGGUACGUAUUGGUUUUACAUCUCACCAUCAUGGCUUGCCAGCAGGUGCAGCGGACAGCAGGCAUCGCGCUCAUUAUCGACGAGGGGAGACUGCCCAUGGACCUCAUCUGAAAUCUGUGCAGUGAUUUUCUAAACUAUUGCUUGUUUUAUUUUGCAGCCCUCAGUAGCGAUUCCUGCUGCGACUCAGUUCUUGCCUUAUCUCCUCCCCUCCCAUUAUUCGUACCCUUACCUUUAUCACUAGUGUGUGUUUGCAAAUUGAUAGCGGGCAUUUCCUACCAAUCACUGCCCCCCCCCCUGUUUUACGGAUUCCCUAGCAUACCCUACUCUAUUAGCCCCACACCAUGCCGCCAAAGCGUCAGGCUGCUUCUCCUCCCCGCACCAGAAGGGGCACUGUAAGGGGUGCGCCCACCAAGCCUGCCCAAGGUCAGGCCUCUGGACAGCGGAAGGUGCGUGCGCCCAGGGAGGAGCAGCCCAAGCCCAAGAAGACCGCGCCCAAGAGGGCAGCGGCACCUAGAGGGUCUUCUGGGUACAUAAGCCCACUAGCCUUGCCAAGCCGCACCGGCAAGGGGUCGGCGGUCAAGCCGAGAUGUACAGAGAGCUCCUCCUCUACCCGCUCCUCCCUUAGUAGCAGUCCCUCGCACUCGGCGCGCGGAGACAGUAGGGAUAGGACCAUUGCCCGGCUGAGGCGCCGCCUGGAGCGGCGGGAUUCACGCAGAGGGAGCUCCGGGUCACCUCACGGCCGCAGGCGAGGGCGCAGUAGCAGCUCCUCUGACCACCGUGCUCAGGAGGGUGGGUCACGUUCAUCAUCCGCAUCCACCAGGCGUAGGGGUAGGUCCCCCCGUUCCAGCUCCUCUGACAGGUACAAGAGUGACGAGAGCCCUGAGUCACGCAGAUCGCGUCAUCGCGGGAGGAAACCCCACAAAUCCAGGAGGAGGGGCCACAAGUCCAAGAGGGACUCAUCUGGAUCACCUAGUUCCUCCGAUAGGUACAAGAGUGACAAGAGCUCUGAGUCGCGCAGAUCGCGUCAUCGCGGGAGGAAACACCACAAAUCCAGGAGGAGGGGCUACAAGUCCAAGAGGGACUCAUCUGGAUCACCUAGUUCCUCAGAUGGAGCGUUUUCGCGACCUAGCACCCGAGGCCGAUCAACUCCCAGAAGCCUUUCCGGAGGACCUCUGGGAACUUGGACGAGAGAAGUGACAGCAGGAGUACUGAGCGCCCUUGCACCAUCAACAUUGCAGUCCUACACCAGAGCAUGGUCCCAAUUCGAGGGGUUCAGAGAUAAGUUUGGUUUACGACGCAGACGUGCUGCUAAGGAGCAUGAUGUUCUAAAAUAUUUGGUUCACCUAAAGCGUAGAGGCAUGGCCCUUAAGACCAUCAGCCUGCACAAGGCCGCUAUCUCAUACUUCAGCAACUGUUUUUGGUUCCCAGACCCCUGUAACACUUUCCACGUAAGGAAGCUUAUUGCAGGGUGGCGUCGCUCCCACCCGCCCAUUCCAGAUAAGAGGAGGCCAGUAACCAUUGAGAUCCUCCAGACGAUAUGGGAUGCGCUCCCCAGCAUUUGCUGGUCCAACUAUGAGGUUAGGCUCUUCAGGGCGGCCUUCUCCCUGGCCUUCUUUGGUGCGCUCCGUAUCGGAGAGUGCGUUGGCACACUGUCACCUCAUCGUAGGGGCUUGUCUGUGGCUGAUAUCAACCUUGACAAGCGCAUGAUACAGGUCAAAAUCCGAACCUCCAAAACCGAUCAACUGGGCAGGGGUUCCACGCUAAGUCUAGCCUCCUCCCCACACACUGGACCAUGCCCUGUCGCGGACACACGAAAAUUCCUGAAGGUACGCCCUCCGGGACCAGGCCCCCUCCUCAUUCAUGCAUCAGGCCGCCCCAUGACCCGUUGCCAAUUUGUCUCAAUAUUGCGUAAGGCCAUACAUGCCUGUGGAGGCGACCCGGCACAAUUUUCCGGGCAUUCUUUUCGCAUUGGUGCAGCAACCACGGCAGCUGCGAGCGGCCUCCCGGCCGAACACAUAAAAACAAUGGGGCGCUGGCGUUCAGCUGCCUUCAAAGGCUACAUUAGACACAACCAGCAGGCACUGACAGGUACCAUAUAAUCCUUUCUUUCAGACUCAACCCCCAAACAUGUGUGGAUCUUCGGCCACAGCAUAGUGCAUUGGGCGGCCAUCCACGCCACUGCUGGUCCAGGCGGCGAACAUCUGGGUCUGCAGCCAAAGAUCUCCAUUACCUGGUUCGGACAACGUGGAAUGCGGUGGGAUGCCCUGCUCCCUCGGUUGCGUCACGAACUUGCGUUCCGCCACCCGCCAAGCGCGGUUGUGCUCCACCUCGGCGAAAAUGACUUGGUCGUGCAAAAAAGCAUAAUUCUGAUCAAAACAGCGAUCGCAGACCUGGAAAGCGUACACGCCACUCACCCCAGUAUCACGAUUUUCUGGUCCGAACUUUUACCACGCUUGCAUUGGCGUGGCAACAUCAAACCCACUAGACUCAAUUACACUGUGGAAAAAAUCAAUAGGGCAGUGCGCUCUGCAACCACUCGCAUGGGAGGUCGGGUCGUGAAACACCCCAACAUUAAAGUUUACAUGCAGGAGCUAUUUCGGCCGGAUGGCGUGCACCUAUCGGACCUUGGCAAUGAGCGUUGGCUAAGCGACAUCAGGCAUGGCCUGAUGGACUGGUUGGAGGAUGGCAAAGGCGUUUUUCAGAUGUAGGUAGUCUUGGCGGCGAGACCGCAAUCUUUGCGGUCUCGGGUGGCGGUAUCAGGCCUUGGGCGGAAUCCUUUUGUCCAUCUUCCUCUUGCGGCGGCGAUACCAGGGUUCCCCGUUAAAGGGGUUUUCUGAA